UUGCGCUCUAAUAGCCACGCUGCCAAUCCAGAGAGCGAUCUUCUUCUCGGACUGCCCUCAUCACCGCACCGAUGGAUUUCAAAGAGCUUGGAGAAGAGUCCUCCGAGGGCGACACUGAGGAUCUGGACAGCCUGAAAGCGCUCACGGAGAAGCUGAAGUUGCAGACCCGCAGACCGUCCUACCUGGAGUGGCAGGAGCGGGUAGAGAGCCGACCGUGGAAGGACAGUGAGCCGGCGGACAGCACGGGCUCUGAGGGACAGCAGGUCGUCUCCAUGCCUGCAAUCCUGAGGAACGAGAACUCGGAGCUGGUUGUGCGCAACAUCUGUGGCUUUGCUACUAUUGAUGAUGCUUUGGAGUUCCUGAGAAAAGAGCUGAGGGAGAUGCAGGUCCAGGACAACCGCCUGGCCCGGCAGCUGAUCCGUCUGCGUGGGGAGAUCCACCGGCUCAAAGUGGAGCAGGUGUGCGACCGCCACAAGGAGAUGUUGGACGAUGCCACGUACGAGCUGGAGGAGUGUGGCGAGGAGUCGGACCUGCUGUGUGACAUCCCCAUGAAGGCUGCCUUCGCUCUGUCCACGCCGCUCAAACACCUGGGCCUCACCAAGAUGAACAUCAACUCCAGACGCUUCUCACUGUGUUAAAAAAACAACUUUUUCAGGCCUACUUCCUCCUCGGGCGCUGUUGAUCGAGUGGAGCGUGACUGCCAGCUAUUGGUGCCCUGGGUGGAAAUUUUAAAAAUGAUUUUGCACCUUGGCUUGGGAUGCAUGAGGAGGCCUCAGUGUACAGACCUGCAGGGGUACACACCCUUAGAGUUAUACAGGCACACCCUCCUUCUGGACGGAGCCCGGGCUGCUAUGAUGUUGACUGUUCUUUGCACAAGUCAAGCUAAUCGGAGUAGAUAGAUGAAGGCUUAGAGCUCGACUGAGAUGCAAAGGUAGAUAUGGGAUUAGGGCAUUAUAUUUUAUACCCAAUGAUUACGUAUUGUAAAAACAAAGUUAAACUUGUGCCGAAGAAGUUCAAAAACAGUUAUGGGGAGACUAGUACUGUUUUGCAGAAAUCUUGUCGGAGAAGAAGAAGCUCAAUUCAGAAAAGAAGACAGUGUCUUGAGGAGCUUCAUGGUCGCAGUGCAUGUCAGAACACUUUAAAUCAGUGGUUCCCAACCUAGGGGGUCAGGGCCCAGACAAGGGGUCGAAAGUUUAAUCUGAGAGGUUGUGUGGGGAUUAACCUUUUUUUCUUUUUGCAAAUUACUGAAUACUUACAUCUCUUACACCCUUCUCGUUGAACUGGAUGCAUCCAAUCACGAGGGGUUGCAAAUUGUUUUAUUUUAGGAGGUCACAAUGCAAAAAAAAAGGUUGGGAAGCAUUGCUUUACAUCACAUAUACAUGUAUUUGUGGAGUGAAAAAAGUAUGACACGUCUGGUCAGAUAAAAAAGAUGUUCAGCGAUACUUUAAAGUAAAUAGAGGCCUUUGAUAGAGCAACAUAUUACAGCUGUUCAAGCCUUUAUCAGGGCACCGUCCCUUCCAUUAUCCUUAAACGAAACGGGAGGCCAAACUCCAGCAUUUUAACGCCUCUCCUUCAAAAACCAAAUAUAUCUUUAUAGCCUCAACAGUUCAGUGACAGGACACAGGAGGCUAACGCAUUUGGUUUUCCAUUACCGUCCUCCAGAUGCUGCAGAGCACGAAUAACAAACUAUAUAUGGCUGUGACCAAGUUGUGGCAAUAUGUGGCAAGUUAUAUAGGGCAAGUUAAGUGGUUUAUUUUAUAGCUUUAUAUCGUUAGUAAGAGCAAGUAGGAAGAAUGAGAUAUUUUUGUUUAGUAAUAUUUGCCAUUGGUUUUAACUGUGUUAAAUGUAUAAAAUAUAUAUAAGCAUUAUUAUAAAAUCAUGCUACUGUAAUAUGAAUGUAUAACCUGCCUUAAAAUGUUAAUGUUUUCUUGCAAAUGCAACACAAUAUUAAAGAGAC